AUGAAUCAUGAUGGUGUAGCAACAGGAAACAAUAACACAACUUUCCCUUCUUCCUCUCUGAAACAUCAGCAACAACAAGAACAACAAGAUAAUGGAUCGGAGAUUCAUCAUUACCAGCAAGGAGGGCAAACAACACCAAUGAAUGGAGGCUCUAUUCCUACCCUAGCUGCUGCUGCUCCAACAACAAUCAUUGACCCGACCGAAAGCAGCAAUGAACAUCCACCCAAUGGUCAUUCUGCUUCUUCGACAGCACCAUCAUCAUCAUCAUCAUCAACAAUCCUCACGAGCAACAGCAAGCUUUACUCUCGGCCUUCACUUGAAAAGAGUGAUUGCGAAUUUCUCCUCGAAUUGGAGACUUGUCUUUCCAACAAACUUUGUGGUAUUGAUUCUUCUGCAAAAGACUUUCUCACGGAUCACGAGGAAAUGUUAAUCUUGCAAAACGAAUCAUCAUGCUCAUUCUCUUCUCCUCUGGAAGAGGUAUACGAUAGGUUGGGUGAUUUUUGUAACGAGUCACUCCAAAAGUAUGCACAGAAUGAGAGUGCCAAAACCACAUCAUCCACUUCAGUCACUUCUCUCAUCCUGCCAGAAGGAGGGGAAAUUGUCACUACCACCACAACAACAACAGCCAACGACAACACCAGAACUCUUGAACACGCAUCCAAGUAUCUCGAAGAAUUGUUCGAUGUGAUCUGUGAGGACUAUCUUUCAACCCAAAUUUAUGAAGAAUUAAUUCCCACUAACAGUGAUGACAAUACAAAGAAAAGGAAAAACCUGGGGAAGGAGUUAAGAAAAGCAAAGAGAAAGAAGCCAUCAAAAGAAGAGAAAGGAAGUUUUGAAGUUGCUUUUCAAAUACAUCUGAACAAUUUCAAUGCUCAAUAUGUAGUAGAGGAGUUUCAGAAUUGUAUGAGUUCACAUUAUCACUUUUCUGACAAUAAUUCUCUUUUGAAAAAUAAGAAAAAUUGGAUUGACUCAUUCGUGAUGAAUAGGACAGAGUUUAGCAAGCACUUGGAAGAUUUCUCGAGAGCAGUCAUUCAUCAGAGAUUGAAUGAAACACUUACAGCAAAGUCCUCUCACACAUCUAAAGGCGUCACUUCGACUACCACGAGCGGCAUCAGUAGUGUCAGUGGAAGGCAUUCACGAAUGCUGCAACUGGCUCGAGAGGCUUCUGAAAAAAUCAACGACAAACAUCACAGAGAGAGAAGCGACCGAGAAUCCUCCUUGGACGAGCUUUCUUCGGUACUGUCAGACCGAUUGGGAGCUUUUUGGAGAAAGCAUGAAAAGGAAAUUUCAGAAAAGAGAAAACGAAAGAAGAAAGAAGAAGAAGAAAAAGAAGAAGCCUUAAGACAACAAAGAAAAUUGAAUUUCUUGCUCUCUCAAACAGAGCUCUAUUCACAUUUCAUGUCAAGAAAGGUGUCAUCCCUUGAUCAAAGUGGCUCUGCUUCUGCAUCAUCAGAAAAUGGUGAGCCAUCUUCAAGAGAAAGAGCCUUAUUGGCUUCUGAAAAACAGAAACAAUACACAAUGGACUUUGACGCUGAAACUGGAAAGUAUAGAACUCAAAUGGAGGAAGAUAAAAUUGAAACUAGUGAAGAUAUUCAAGAAGAACCAAAUAUUUUCAAUGGUACUCUUAAGAAAUACCAAUUGAAGGGUAUGAAAUGGCUAGUCUCUCUUUAUGAACAGGGUAUCAAUGGUAUUCUUGCAGAUGAAAUGGGUCUAGGUAAAACAAUUCAAACAAUUGCAUUCAUUGCAUAUUUAGCUGAGAAGAAGGGAAUUUGGGGCCCUACACUCAUUAUUACUCCUUCAUCAACGCUUCACAAUUGGCAACAAGAAUUCGAAAAGUUUUGCCCCACACUGCGAGUUCUUCCUUAUUGGGGAGCUCUCAAAGAAAGAAAAUUAUUGAGAAAAUAUUGGACCAAUCCUGACAAGCUUUAUCAAAAAGAUUCUCCCUUCCAUGUCGUUAUUUCAAGUUAUGGCCUUAUUUUGGAAGAUGAAAAGUAUUUCAAAAAAGUGAAAUGGCAAUAUUUGAUACUCGAUGAAGCUCAUGCUAUCAAAUCAAGCAAGAGUUUGAGAUGGAAGACUUUAUUAGGAAUGAAGUGUAGAAACAGAAUGCUCCUCACAGGUACUCCAAUCCAAAACAACAUGAAAGAGCUGUGGGCUCUUCUCCACUUUAUUAUGCCUUCUAUCUUUGAUUCUCAUGAGGAAUUUAAUGAUUGGUUCUCCAAAGAUAUUGAGUCACAUGCCUCUAAGGAACAGGAUGCUAAACUGAAUGAACAACAACUUGCUCGCUUACACAUGAUUUUGAAACCGUUCAUGUUGAGAAGAGUGAAAAAGGAUGUUGAAAGCGAGAUGGCACCCAAAACAGAAUUGGUUCUACAUUGCGGCUUUAGCUCUUUGCAAGCAGACAUGUACAAGUACAUUAAGGAUGAGUUCAAAAAGAACUCUGCCAAAGAAAAGAAAAAGAAGAAAGCAACCAGCACUGCUGAUUCUGUGGCAAACAAAUCAGCACUCAUGAAUAUUGUGAUGCAACUUAAAAAAGCAUGCAACCACAUUCAUUUAUUUAAGGAGUUUAGACAAGAUGUAUUCACUCCUGUUACUUUUUCAGAACACCCAGGACAUGUGAAACAUGUUCCUGGAAAGAUUUAUGACGAGUAUGAAAAUCUGAAAAACCCUAUUUCUUUAACACUACCAAAGAUAAUUUUUAGAGAAAUAAUGCCAGAAGGAUCUCUUGACGAAGAAGCAAAAAGGUUAUCUAUAUUCAAGAGAUUUAAUUUUUCUCAAGAUCCUUCCUAUCUUCUUCAUACGUAUGGAACUUUGUUUUAUUAUUUGAAAGAUUCUUUGUGGAGAUUGUACAAGUUACGAAACUUACGUAACCGACUCGUUGAAUUUAGAAAUAGAAAGAAGACAUUCCAAUUCUUAAUGGACGAGCUUGUUUCUGAACAAUUAACUGCUCAUAUUCAAAGAUGUGACAUGCUUAUCCACAACAUUGAAACUCUCUUCCGAAAUAAUGGAACAGUUAUUAGAAAGGUGAAAUGUUGUUUUGAGACUGUUAUUGCACCACCUAUUGAAAUACGUUGCUCUGAUAUUAGUAGCACUUACCAUUUGGAGCCUGUAAAAACUACACGAUUUAUUGACAAGAAAUUCUUGCACAGAAAUCAAUUUGUGUACAACACCUUUGGAUCAUCCAAUGUUGUGUUACCAAACGUGAGCAAGUUGAUUGCAGAUUCUGGAAAGAUGCGAGUAUUGGAUCAGUUAUUGUUCAGGUUAAAGGUAGAAGGACACCGAGUGCUCAUCUUUUGUCAAAUGACUAAAAUGAUCGAUCUUCUUGAGGAAUAUAUGAUUAAGAGAAGAUAUAGCUAUUUUAGAUUGGAUGGUUCUACAGGAGUGGCAGAGAGAAGAGACAUGGUUGAUGCAUUCCAGAAUCAACGAGUGGAUCCUGUAUUUGUGUUUUUGCUUUCGACCAAAGCAGGUGGAUUAGGAAUUACUUUGACAGCUGCAGAUACAGUUAUAUUUUAUGAUAGUGACUGGAACCCUACUCUUGAUGCUCAAGCUAUGGAUCGUGUCCAUCGUAUUGGUCAAACUAAACCUGUCACCAUUUACAGAUUAAUUACAAAGAAUUCAGUUGAGGAACGCAUUUUAACAAUAGCUAAACAAAAGAGCACUAUUCAAGAAACAGUUUAUAAGGGUCAAUUCAAAAUGCAAGACAAAGAGGAAGAGGUUGACAGUUCCGAACUGGAUGAAGAUGAUGACGCAGCAGUUGAAUCUGCUGUAGUCGUCGACGAUGCAGGUGAUUUGGAUGAAAAGGAAAUCAUGUCCCUUAUUUUGGAUUAA